CGGUCAUUCACUGGAUAUCUAACACAAGUUGUACAGCGUCCACACCAACAUGAACUCAAAGGUCCUUCUUCUCGUGACUCUCGUGGCUGUCGCGGCCGCUGACAGGCGACCCUACUCCUACUCCGCUCCCGAGUUCUCCUCUGAGGAAUUCGGCCCCGCCCACUACAACUUCGACUGGGCGGUCCAGCACAGCGACUCCGGCAACAACUUCGGCCACCAGGAGGCCCGCGACGGCGACGACACCCAAGGAUCGUACUUCGUGCAGCUUCCCGACGGCCGCCUCCAGACCGUUAGGUUCAAUGUGCAAGGAGACUCCGGAUUCGUGCCCGAAAUCUCAUACGAAGGAGAGGCUCGUUAUCCUGACUCCUUCGAGUCGUUCGAGUCGUUCGAGUCUCGUGAAUCUCGUGGCUAUGCCCCUCCAAGACCCGUGUAUGGUUAGAUUGAAACCAUUUGCUAUAUCGGUCACCACCAUUUCCUCAGAUUAUUUAUUUUACAUGUGCAAUAUACUAUGUUAUCUUUGAUUUUGAAUAAAUCAAGCAUAUAAA